AUGGAGGUUCCGUUGAUAGCCUGGUCUACCAAUUCAGUUAGCCAGAGCUGCUGGCUAAACACUCCUCGAAUGAAAAAAGCUCGACCAAUGGACGACAUACGUAGGGAAGCGGACGACGGAUGCCUUCAAUGUGUCCUUGUAUGUCACGCCUGCUCCCGUUACGAACCUGGCUAUGACCUGAAUGUAUUUGUAAAGAAACAAGACAAUGGAUUGCUGUGGGUCAUUGGAACUGAUAAGCAGUCGGGAUUUGGCCAUAAAGACGUCACGUACCAGCUUUACUAUCCUAUUGGGACACAACGGCCAGAGUGGAACUUUGUGAAGCCUGGAAGAAUAUCCCCAAGAAGUCGUCAAGAAGAGUACAUACAGCGUAUUGAUGAGUGGGUCGGGAGCUGCAUGUCAUCGCACCCGGAAUGUAUGGUACAGGAUGCCGAGUUGCCGUACCGCGUUCUAUUUGUCGGAGACGCAGCUAACAACCACAUAUACCUUUACAUCUCACAACAUCAAGUCGCUCCAUAUGUGGCACUAAGCCAUUGUUGGGGCAACAGCCCUGUCCUGCAAACGACCACAGCCAAUUUUGCAGAACAUCGAAAUGCGAUCAGCUUUCAGAGUUUACCAAAGAAUUUCCAACACGCUAUAACCAUUACGCGCAGCAUCGGGUUACAGUACCUUUGGAUCGACUCUCUUUGUAUCGUCCAGGAUGAUAAAGCGGACUGGGAAAUUGAAUCGUCCAAGAUGGCAUCUAUCUACAAUGAUGCGUAUCUCGUACUGGCAGCAUCACAAGCCGGCGAAUCCUCCGACGGCUUUCUACAGCGGAAGGACGUCGAGUUUCAAACUACACAACAGCUCGAUCCGACAAAUUCAGUCAAGGUCGCUUUAAUAAAGAAUCAAGAUUCAUCAGUGUCCGAGAUAUACAGCAGACCGAUCAGUGUCGAUCCAACGAUGGGGAAAUCUGCACACCGAUGGAAGAUCACCACGUCGCCUUUGAAUCAGAGAGGGUGGGUUCUCCAAGAGAACAUUCUUGCGCGAAGAAUAAUCCAUUUCACUGAAAGUGAGAUGAUAUGGGAGUGUGUCCAAUGUCUCAAAUGCGAGUGUAUGGAGAUUGAAGCAGAUGAAGCAGAAGCAACCCACUGGUCCGGGUUCAAUAUAGUAAGGAACGCCAGAAAUGCAACCCUUCACGGGAAGGACUGUUUGGAAGCUCAAACACCCAACGACCUCUACAUCCAAUGGCGAAAGCUGAUCGACCUUUACGGAAGGUUGAUUCUCACAAAAGACACCGAUAGACUACCAGCGCUAUCCGGUCUCGCAAAGCUUUGCCAAUCACAUGGGACUGGAAAGUACCUCGCAGGCAUAUGGGAGAAUGACUUAAUGGUGUCCCUCGUCUGGUACACCAGGUUAGACAAGCCGGUGCGGAGGUGGCCCGAGUACAUGGCGCCCUCUUGGUCCCCUUUCUCUGCAGGGUACAUGAAGAGGUAUGAUGGGCUUAUAGAGGCAGGUUACUGGUACUGUCAAGAUGAAGAUUACCACAAGAAAGUGGCCGAACAGAAAGCCCACAUCUUGGAGGCGCAGUGCAUCCCAGCUGGAAGUGAUCCAACAGGUGCUGUCAAAGACGGAUAUCUGAUUCUUCGGGGGCCGAUGAGGAAAGAUAAUCCCGACGGACCGGAUUGUUCCUGGCCGGCUUCGGAUGAGUCGUAUCUAGAGAUUUGCACAAUCUGGGAUUCCGUUUUUUGGGAUCGUCCAUUGGAAGAGGUUGACCGUUCAGAAGUAUUGUUUUUUCUGUUAUGCGCAGAUUUUGACAAGGGAUAUUUCAAAGCUCUAUGUUUGUUGCCUUCGCAGACCGAAUCUGAAUGCUACAUUAGAGUUGCAUUAGUAGACUCGCAUUGGGGAGAGACAGAGAUGGCGGGCUUCUUUAGAAACACAGAAGAGGGCACAGUCAAGAUUAUCUAG